ACCUGACCUUAGUCCAUCCAGAUCAAUAGGGAAGUGAGGGUGGAAAGAAGAAGACAGAGGGAGAAAUAAGGGGCGCAACCGGAUCGUUUACACUGGCUGUUCCCGAGGAAAUAUAGACUUCCCUUGCUUGCACCUUUUGUUGCUCACAUGCUCACACUGUAAAAGUGGAUAUCGAGGCAAUUUCCUUGCUUUGUGUGAUCGCAGCAGACUGUUUUCCCCCCUUUUCCUACCACCAUGUCUUUCCCUCAGCUGGGAUAUCAGUACAUCCGACCGAUAUACCCGCCGGAGCGCCAGGGGAUCGCCAGCAAUGCCCGGUCUGGGACGGAGCUCAGUCCGUCCGGCGCGCUCUCCAACGUCCUCUCCACCAUGUAUGGAUCUCCUUUCGCCGCAGCAGCGCAGGGCUAUGGAGCGUUUCUGCCCUACUCCAACGAUAUAUCCAUUUUCAAUCAAUUGGGUGCGCAGUAUGAGCUAAAAGACAGUCCCGGGGUACAGCACCCAGGCUUCGCCCACCAUCACCCUGCUUUUUAUCCAUAUGGCCAGUAUCAGUUCGGUGACCCCUCCAGACCCAAAAACGCCACCCGGGAGAGCACCAGCACCCUGAAGGCCUGGCUCAGCGAGCACCGCAAGAACCCUUAUCCCACCAAGGGCGAGAAGAUCAUGUUGGCCAUCAUCACCAAAAUGACCCUCACACAGGUGUCCACCUGGUUCGCCAACGCCAGGAGGAGGCUAAAGAAGGAGAACAAGAUGACCUGGACCCCCCGGAACCGGACCGACGAAGAGGGGAAUGUUUACACGAGCGAUCACGAGGGGGAGGAGGGUGACAAGAGAGAGGACGAGGAGGAGAUCGACCUGGAGAACAUCGACACGGAGAAUAUUGAGAACAAGGACGACUUAGACGACCAGGACGAUCUGCAUUCAGAUCUUAAACUCGACGGAAGGAGUGACUCUGAGAUUUCUGAUGGCUAUGAGGAUUUACAAGGGCCCGACCAGAGGUUUCUAAAGGCGGUGGGGAAGGAGGGAAAGGACGUGGAGAGAGGAGGAGAGCACUUCCACAGUCACCAACCCCACCAUCAUCACCUUCAUCACUCGUCUCUGGACACUAAAGCGCCCCAAGCGAACGGGGAGCCCCUCAAACUGAAUCAGGUGUCCGUGAACUCACCCCCCUCAGAAAACAACCCUGCCCCGGCCCAGAAGCCAAAGAUCUGGUCUUUGGCAGAGACAGCCACGGCCCCUGACAAUCCGCGGAAAUCACCACAAAUGAACGGCAGCAACUCAGCAGGGCCGGCGGCACAGACCAUAAUCGGCCCUCACAGACUCAUCUCUUCUUGUCCUGUUGGGAAAAUCCAGAACUGGACGAACCGAGCCUUCUCGGCACACCAGCUGGCUUUACUGAACUCCAACCACUAUCUGGGACUGGCAAACCAGGCCUCUGCAGCCGGCCUGGCCCUCUACAGCAGGCAAACGGAGGACAAGAGUCAUAGUUCAGAGACUGCAGUCACAGGUACAUGCCCACGACACUGAGACGCGCAAAACAACUACAAAGACAUUCUAGCUCAUCAACCGCCAUUCAUUUCGCGUAUUUCUAGACCUCUUUUUGCCUUCUUUUGCCUGUUAAAAACAUGGGUUUGCUCCCUUUUUUAGGCCACACACGAUCAGUGUUACAAUAAUAGAGCUUGAGAUGUGUGUCUGUGUGUGUGCGCGUGAGUGUGCGUGUGGGAAAGUGCGUAGGGGAUGAUGAAAACCUCAUCAGACGGCAUUUAAGAAUUAAAAAAAAGUCUUACGUUGAAUUGGGUGAAAACUGUUCUUAAUAUUUUUUUUCCCUUUAUUUCUUAUAUGAUAUUAAGAUCCACGUGCGAUCAACUGUUUACAAAAAUCCCUUAUAUCAACAAAUUCUCAACACUAACGCAAGGAUGGGCUUUGAUGAUAAUUUAAGGAUCAUUUUCUGUUUUCAUCUCCAUCGCCACACUUCUUUCAGAGAAAGAUCUAGUGCCUUUGGAUGCAGAGACAAAGUUGUUAAAAACAGCUUUCCACCCACUUCAAAGAUAGUGAGGCUGUCAAUUAAUGACAUGUGGGAAUUUUCCUUUUUGAUGCCAUAUCACAAUUUUCUGUUUCCAAACGCCACAUUUACCCAAAUUAGCUUUUAUUGUCAGAUUUGUUUUAUCCCUGUGUGCGCGCGCUUGUGUUUUUCUCCCCGUCAAGGCCUAUGUUACACUUUACUUGUUUGGUCAUGCAAAUGAGCUCAAUGCAAAUUCACUACAGGCUCGGUUUUUUGAAAGGCAAUUGUCACUUUUAUAUCACUUUGUGUUUUAGCUCUUCACCAGGCUAUUAUUAGUGUUUUUUGUUUUAUUUUGUAAGAUCAUUUUCUUCCUUUUUACCCCUGAUUAUUUCAGGCCCAAGAACCAUCUAGACGCAAAAUAACCUCUCACCCAUCCUCCUUCCCCCCUUUUUAUUUUUAAUUUGAAUAUGGAAUGUAAAAUAAAAAUAAUACAUCUCUGUAUACUUACAUUGUAAGCAUGUCCUGUGUAAAACUGCUAAUGUAAUAAUGUAUGAACCUGUAGUCUGUGAGUUUUCCUUUUCUUUUUGUAAGUUCUGUGAGGAUUUGAUGUUCAAAUGUUUUUUUUGUAUAUAAAGUUAAGAAUAUGUACAUACUUGUGAACCAAAUUGUACAAGAAAGUCUAUAUUUUGGCUAAUAAAUGAA